UUAUAGCGUCCCGUUGCCAUAGAAACGACCUGCCGCUGCACUUGCUUGUGUUUUUUCUCUCUAGCUAACCAGCUAACGUUAACUAUCUGUCUAAAUUAGUAAGUAAAGAAGCGCUUUUACAACUUCUUCAAGACUCUACAGAUCUAACAUAGACGACUGAUGUUCGUAUUGCUGGAUGAACGUGGUUAAAAUGUUUUGCGCUCGUCCAUGCAGCAAAUAAUAGCUGAUGUGGUUUGUAUAACCGUCAUUGUGUGCAACAGUGGCUAUGAAUCAUCUUUUGCUCGAUCUGAAUACGACAGAAAUAAAGUGACCUUCACUAUUCAAACUAAAUCUUUUGAAGCAUGUUCAGGAACGAUUACCAGGGUGGUCUCACGGUUGACAUCUUCAGUGCACAAGGAAAAGAUCCUGUGGCAAAAUGGAAACUAUAUGGCCGGAAACCUUCAAUAACUAAAGUGUUUGAUAAAGAAGUGAAGGGUUUCGUGUACAGUCUUGAAGGCAACAGUCAAACACACAAGAUGCAGUUACCUAAGGACAGCAAGAUGACUCUUGGUCUGAUUCAGAAGUUUCUGAUUCUACAGGUCAACAUACCAUUGGGAAAAGACUUUUCAGCUGAGUUUCUAGUGACUGAUGAGGAGCAUCUAAAGAGGAGACUCUACUUGUCGACUGUUCAUAAAGAGCUCUCUGCAACUCCUUUGCAUGCGAGAAUACCUCUAACAUGCCACAACCGCGAUACUUGGUGUAAUCUGUGUAUCGAUCUGGACUCGCUCACCGCUGUGAUAUUCAGAGGGACGCGCUUCUUGUCUCUGGAUGGCAUCAUCAUCUCCGCCUGCUGUAAAGUUCGCCGCAUCUUCACCAUGAAGAAUGAACCUGCAGACUUCACAGAUCGAGAAAUAAGAACUGGUCCAAAAGAAGAGAUUCCCAGGAGCUGCCAGUUUCCUUGUGAAGUUCAGCAUGUCAGCCAACUGGUGAACAUGAAAACUCUGGGACAAACUGAUGGAAAAAGUGAAUCUUCAAAUGGAGAGACCGAAGACACCAGUGGCAUCAAGGCAUCCAUCACCAAAGGUCCUACACCUCGAGACUCAUCCCAUAUUGCUUUCGGGUCUAAGGUUAUCGGACCUCCUCCGCUUACCGCCAGGAAGAGCAGCACAUCUGCAAACACAAAAGAAGAAAGAUUCAAGUCUGAACUAAGUCUCAACAUACCGUCAGGUCGAAGUGAAAAAGUACAGCCAAGACCACCACUCGAAAAACCAUCUGCUGAACGAACGAGCUCUAGGAGACCUCAGAGGAUCCACAAUACGAAGAGAGAAAAAUCCUGCACAGAUAAAGAAGGUGGCAAAAUUAGCCUGAACCCAGAGGGAUCUGAGCUUCAAGGAAAAAAUGCAGUAUCGUCACUACAAACUCUGGGCUUGGACUUAACGGUAGAAGAUAAAUUAACUGAUCCGAUUCUACAAGAACGUGUGCUGACUGCAGAUGAUGCUGACCUUUGUGACACAGAAACUGAGCUCUCUCUCAGUGAUGAGGAAUACGGAGAGGAAGUCUUCACUUUCUCCUCAUGCCCUCACUCAGCCAGACGCAAUCAGGCUAGCGGCAACCCUGUUGAGGAUCUGACCUUUGGCCUUAAAGGUCACAAGCUGCUAACAGAAGGACAACGCAAGGAUGCACGUCUGGAAGAUGAUUUCAUGGGGAGUGAGAGCGAAGAGGAUGAAAUGCAUACAGAGUUUCUCAAAAGAUGUGCAGUCCAUUCCAUUACUACUCCCCCACCACUUUCUUCAAUACAAAAACACACAGCUCAACCCAAAUUCUCCUCUGAGCCAAUUAAGACUCGGGCCUCUGCUGUCCAACAUGUCUCUGAAGGUCCAAAAAGGCACGAACCCAUGCGGAUAGCACCAACCCGCUGCCUCUCUCCUAGCUCCUCCAGACAAGGGAGCAGACUAGAUCGGUCUGAAGCUGACAGAGCAUUGCCUGAUGGAGAUACCAGGAUAUCUAUCAACAGAACAUCUGUGCGCGAGAUCUCACUCAAGAAUUCUGGGCUUCAAAAGGUGAGUGUCGAUGGGAGGGUUCAACCUUUGGGCUCCAGCAGGUGUGAUCUGAGAAGUCAAGACGAAGAGGAUGAGGAAGAUGAGCUGCGGAUGUUGGCAUGUUUAAAGAGGGAGCAGGAGGAAGAAGGAGACAUCAGCAGUCCAGGACUUAGUGCAUCACAGGUUCACCACUGUGACAUAAGUCUAAGCGCAAGCAGUGACGACACCUCAACCUGGACUCAGUGUAUCCCUUUGCCAGUGGAUCAGGGCCAGCACUAUCAGAAAGAAAUGAACCCUCUUCUUCACUCUAAUCCCAGAGAGUGGAUGGAUGUCCUCAGCCCUCCGAUAGUUCAUCCAAAUCAACAGAUGGCAGAUGGAAAAGGAGACCACAAGGUCUCAACCAGAGGAUCAAAGUUACAUGACAACAGUGAAGAAGAAGAGUUUCUCAAUUUAAUGUAUGACUCCUGCCUCAACUGUUACUUUGAUCCACAAUCUGGAAAAUAUUACGAGCUGCUUUGAGACUGAGCUUAUAUCAGGUUUUUAUGUUUGUUGAUCAGUACUGCCACUGUGUGUGUGAAUUUAGUUAAAACACCAUGCUGUCAUUUAUAACACUUACUGAUUUAACAUUAACAUUUUUUGGAUUCAACGUGUAUAUUUUUUGUUACUAUUACUAACAUUAUACUGUUUAUUGGUAACCAAUACAGAAUUGAUUUAAAAAUUGAAUUAUUUAUUUACAAAGCCGUCAAUAAUCUUGCUCCUUAGUACCUUAUUGACUUGCUUUGUCCAUAUACCCCCUCUCGAUCAUUGAGAUCUUAUCAUCUCAAUUUAUUCACCAUGCCUAGAACAAGCCUUAAAAAACGAGGUAAUCGAGUAUUUGCUGUUGCUGGUCCUAAACUUAAGAACAGUCUAACAAUUCACAUCAGACUUUCCCUCUUCAUUUCUGUGUUUAAGUCUGUUUUAAAGACCUUUCUAUUUUCUCUCGCUUUUAAAUACUCCCUGAUCACUGUUUUAUUGCUUUUAUUUGUCCAUGUUUCUUUUAUAUUCUGCUUCUCUGUCUUUCACACUCCUAUGUACAGCACUUUGGUCAACCUUGUUGUUAUUAAAUGUUCUUUAUAAAUAAA